AUCUCCGUCGGUCUUUUUCUAGCAUUCCUCGACAGCACUAUAGUCGCAACGAGCCUGUUUCGAAUUGGCGCCGAGUUCAAGAGCCUUCAAAACCUCAACUGGUUGGCGUUGGCUUACACACUCUCUUAUCUGGGAUUAGCCGUGUUAUCCGCACAAAUCUCCGAUGUCGUGGGCAGGCGCAACGCCUUUCUCGCAUUCUACGUCUUCUUUGUUGGGUUCUCCAUCGCUUGCGGCUUCGCAAGCACGCUGCCACAGCUUAUCGCCUUCAGAGCUCUCCAAGGCCUCGGCGGUUCUGGGCUGUACUCUGUCGGCAUGAUCUGUGCUAUGGAGCUGGCGCCCAGGACGCGCCAGCACCUCAUUUCGGCAUUGAUCGGACUGAUCGUGACCAUCUCCAGUGUUGCCGGUCCGGUUCUGGGUGGGGUUUUGACAGAAUUUGCCAGCUGGAGAUGGGUAUUUUGGAUCAAUGGCCCAGUCGGAGGCCUGUCCAUGACCCUUACCUUUCUCGCUUGGCCUCCCAGCUCGAAGCAAGUCAGCCACCGCCGCAGAAGCUGGGGUGAACUCGAUUAUGUCGGUUCUUCACUUCUCAUUAGCGCGGUGGUUCUGGUUGUGUUCUCAUUUCAGAACGCGGCAGCACAGCCUGACCAGUGGAACACUGCCGUGUUUCUCGCACCUUUAUUGCUUGGCUUGUCCUGUGCCGCAAUAUUGGUAGGCUGGAGUAUUUUCGUCGAGAGGCGCUGGAAAGAUCGCAUGAUCCCCGCUCUGCCUCUUAGAGUCCUGCGAAACCUUGUGUACACCUCAGCACUCUUGAACACAGUUUUACUUGGGUUUGUGUACAUAAUGAUAGUCUUUGUGUUUCCUUUGAGGUCCCAGAUUGUCAAUGGGAAGGACGCCAUGAUCGCAGGACUCCUGCUGCUGCCGAUGCUCAUCGCGAAUGCAGUAGGUAUCGUGGCGUCCACGGCACUUCACCAGCACGGGAAACAUACGAUGAUGCCAUUGAUGGUGGCUGCAGGUCUGACGAUGCUGGGAAGUGGCUUACUUACGACCCUGUCGGCGGUGGUCGAGCUUGAGGCGAAAGCCCUCGGCUUUCUCGUUUUUGUUGGACUAGGAUAUGGUAUCAGCGUUUCGACGACUACCGUCACCGCGGCCUUGGAACCAGAACCAAAGGAUCAUGCUUCUGCACAAGGACUGAUCGCCCAGAUGCGAAUUUUGGGUGGAAGUCUUGGUAUAGCAGCCUCGUCUGCAAUUCUAGGCACGAGACUUGGUCCGGAGCUGGCCCAUGUAUCGCCCGAUCAGCUUGUGUCUGCAACGAUCACAGAGGAUGCUCUCGAGCAAGUGAGAAGGUCUACUGCUGAUGCCUAUGCUCUGGACAUGCAAGUUUGCACCAUUGUAGCAGCGGCGGCAGCCGUAAGUGCGUUGGCAUCCUGGAAGAAACUGCCAAAGGUUGGCCGCGAUGAGGCCCCCGUACGGGACGGGUGA